GUCUCCGUGCUCGUGCGAAACAUCUCGUUCGACGCGCACGAGGACGACAUCCGGGAUAAGUUCCAGGCGUACGGAAACGUGCUCGACGUGUACAUGCCGAAGGAUCGCGAGACGGGACGCAAGCGAGGAUUGGCGUUCGUGAAGUACGCGAUUCAGGGUGAGGCGGACGAUGCGGUCGAAAAGGCGACCGGAAUGGACAUCAUGGGACGGGAAGUUCGAUGCGAGAUCGCGAACGAGCGAAGAAAGAACCCGGAUGAGAUGCGAGGGCGAGGCGGC